AUGGCAACAACCUCCAUUUCUAUUUCCAUACCGAUACUAACGAUAUGGGCUAUCUGGAUCUUAUUAUGCGGAAAGUGUUUGGAUAAUGCACUUCAGCAGCUUGUUGUUGCUGCAUCUGGGUCAUCUCAUGCCCUUCAACUUAAACAAGCCAAGGCUUUGCAGGAGACUGGGUGGUGGCCGUCCACUACUCAUGCCCAAGCCAGUAGUAAUUAUUCAAGUGCAUGCCACUGGGAUGGUAUUACUUGCAAUGCUGAUGGAAGCAUCACAACCAUCGAUAGAUUUUAUCAAGGUUUGGGAGGUCAGUUGAUCAAACUCAACUUCUCUUUCUUCCCAAAUUUAGUCAGUCUUAAUCUUAGUAUGAACUUCCUUACGGGGUGUAUCCCACUUGAGAUAGGGAUGUUAAAGAACUUGGUCUAUUUAAGACUUAGUUACAACAUGCUCGUCGGUUCAAUCCCUUCCACUUUGGGUCAUUUGAUUAAUUUGGAAUAUUUAGACCUUGGUGGGAACCAAAUCAAUGGAUCCAUUCCCCUUGAAAUAUGGAUGCUGAAAAAUCUGACCUCUUUAUACCUUUCUUCGAACAUGCUUGUCGGUCCAAUCCCUUCCACUUUGGGUCAUUUGAUUAAUUUGGAAUAUUUAGACUUUAGUCAAAAUCAAAUCAAUGGAUCCAUUCCCCUUGAGAUAGGGAUGCUUAAAAAUCUGACCCUUUUAUACCUUUCUUCGAACAUGCUCGUCGGUCCAAUCCCUUCCACUUUGGGUCAUUUGAUUAAUUUGGAAUAUUUAGUCCUUCGUCAGAACAAAAUCAAUGGAUCCAUUCCUCCUGAAAUAGAGAUGCUUAAAGAUUUGAGCUACCUUAACCUUAGCCAAAACUUUAUUAGUGGAGAAAUACCUAGCGCACUUGGGAUGAUUGCCCCUCUAUAUACCUUGGAUCUUAGCUACAAUAAUCUUACGGGCAACAUUCCAUCUUCUCUCACUGGUAUACAUAGACUCAACUUAUCACAUAAUUCUUUGGAGGGUCAAAUUCCAGAUGGUUAUGCUCUGUAUCAUACCUCCCACACAUUAAAUGGCAAUAAGGAUUUAUGCGGUCAGUUCAAGAUAUUCCCUCCAUGUCCAAAAGGUAAAAAAUCAAUCAUAACCGAAAUAGAAACUUUUGUACCCAUCAGCAUUUUCCUCGGAUUCCUGUUUAUUGGAGGGGGUAUUUUCUUGUCCCGUUACAUGUUCAAGAAAAACCAGAUUGAGUCUAGGGGAUCAAAGAAUGGAAACAUAUUCUCGAUAUGGAAUUAUGACGGACAUAUUGCAUAUGAAGACAUUAUUGAAGCAACAGAGGAUUUUGACAUCAGAUAUUGCAUUGGAACUGGUGGUUAUGGAAGUGUUUACAGAGCAAAAUUACCAAGCGGAAAUGUGGUUGCCUUAAAGAAACUUCAUCAGAGAGAGGCUGAGAAUCUAGGUUUCUAUAAGAGUUUUAUAAAUGAGGUAAGGGUGUUAACAGAGAUAAGACAUCGAAAUAUUGUGAAGCUGCAUGGGUUCUGUGUACAUAAAGGAUGCAAAUUUUUAAUUUAUGAGUACAUGGAAAGGGGAAGCCUAUUUUGUGUCCUAAGAAAUGUUGAUGAAGCUAUGGAACUGGAUUGGAGCAAGAGGGUAAACAUCAUCAAAGGCACAGCACACGCCUUAUCAUACAUGCAUCAUGAAUGCAUCCCAACAAUUGUUCAUAGAGAUAUAUCAUCCAACAACAUUUUGCUGAACUCCGAAUUUCAAGGUUUUAUAUCUGACUUUGGAACUGCUAAACUCCUUGAUCCUGACUCCUCCAAUCAAACAUUGGUUGCUGGCACUUAUGGUUACAUUGCCCCAGAGUUUGCCUACACGAUGACAGUUACUGCAAAAUGCGAUGUAUAUAGCUUUGGAGUGGUGGCACUAGAAGUAUUAAUGGGAAGGCAUCCAGGAGAACUCCUAUCCUCAUUAUCAUCAUCAUCUCAAAAUAUGAUGCUAAAUGAAAUAUUAGACCAACGCCUACCACCUCCAAAUCGUCUAAUUGGACAAGAGAUUUUGCUUGUUGCUACAAUAGCAUUUGCAUGCCUGCACACUCAGCCAAAGUCUCGGCCUUUAAUGAAAUGUGUGUCACAAGAAUUUCUCUCUCCCAGGAAGCCAAAUGUCAUACCCUUGACUAGGGUUUCACUCCUGCAACUGAGGAAACAAGCAUCAUAUGUGGCUGGAUCAGGAUUUGCUUAUUGUUAAGGUGUUUUGUGUGAUGUCAAUGUGUCGUUUACCUUUAUCGGCCUAUUUUCAAGAAAAAUAUUAUUUGUAAGCAUUCUAAAUCACCCCAUAAACCUAAACUACUCACUUUUCAAGGUUGGAAGUGGCUGAAACAGAAUGGGGCCGAUGUGUUUGUAUGAGAUAAGUGUGCAAAUAGAAAGUAUAAGUGAAUUAAG